AUGUUUCAACUGAUAUAUCUGGAACUUCAAAUUUUGGUGGUACCAUGUUGGGCGGAUGGGGAUGACUAUAUUCAUACGGAGAAAUCGCCGUGCGAGGAAUGUGAGAAGAAUGAAGACAAGCAUGGCCUCUAUGACGUGAUUUGGCUUGCUUCGACUAAUGACAUAGAUGAAAACGUGAAAUUCAUCGAAAAACUCCGUGGAAUCGUUCUUCGUCUGAAAACAUUCAAUGAUGCUGAUAGAUGCCAAGUGUAUAUCGAUCAAUUAUCAGCGGAAAGUCAGUUAAUAAUGAUUAUUAGUGAUGUUAAACACAUCGAAAUUAUUCGUCACAUUUAUCAUUUGCGACGAAUCUCGUCGAUCUACAUAUGUAGUACAGAGAUCAUUACAAAACAACAAUGGAUGAGCUAUUGUCCGAAGAUUAAAGGAAUUUUUGAUGAUUUUAAUGAAUUGAUCACACGAGUCGAAAAAGAUCAAGACACACAAAGGAAAUUAGAAGAACCAUUAGGCAUUCAUCUUCUUUCCAUCAUUGAUUACAGAGAUAAGUCUACAAGUUGGGAUGGUGAAUUUGUUUACACUCAAUCACUUCUUAAUUGUAUUCUUUCAAUACCAUCGAAUGAACAAGAUAAGAAUGAGCUAAUUUCCAUAUGUAAAUAUGAAUAUAGUGACAGUCCAGGUGAACUACGCAAUAUUGACGAUUUCGACAAGUAUUGUUCGAGUAAAAAUAUUUUAUGGUGGUACACGCGCGAGUGUUUCUUCCAGAAAAUCUUAAACAGAGUCCUUCGACAACAGAAUAUUCACAUGACGUUUCUUCUCCGUCGAUAUAUCAAUGAUCUUCGUGAAGCGCUAUUCAAAAUACAAUCCACCAUUCCAUUAAAAGUCUACCGGUCUCAGUUAAUGUCUAAAAGUGAAUUGGACUGCUUACUCAAUCAAGUAGAUAAAUACAUCUGCAUCAAUUCAUUCUUUUCGACUAGUCUCGAACGAUACAUCGCCUCGUUUCGCAUGGGUCAUGGGGAUCCACAAAACGAUCUGGUCAAAGUUUUAUUUGAAAUUGAUGCAUAUCCAAAUCUAAAGAAUGAGACGCCAUUUGCUAAUAUCAGUUCGGAUAGUAAAUUCGACAACGAAAUCGAAGUGCUUUUCACGGUUGGUUCUAUUUUUCGAUUGAAUGCUAUAAAUUGUAAUGAGGAUCACGUAUACACUAUUAAGAUGACUUUAUGUUCUACUGAAGAACACGAACUGAAACCUGUUCUUGAUUAUAUAAAAUCAAAAAAUAGAAUGCAACAAAAAAAUCUUCAUACUUUCGCCAAAUUCCUGUUAAAUAUGGGCAAAUUUGAUUACGCGGCGGAGUGCUGCCAACGUUUUAUGCAUCAACUGUCAUCGGAUGAUCCUGAUCUGAUCGAUGUCUAUGAAGAUCUUGCUGUUAUCGCUUCCCAAACUGGCGAUUUCAAUCAGAGUCUUCAAUGGCAAAAGAAGUUGUUGUCCUUACGGCAAACAAUUCCGAAUGUCGUCAAAGUCAAUAACAGUGAAAGAACACACCACUCGAAUGACUCAGCACAAUCGUCAACGGCACGUGUUCGAGAGUGUCGAAAUUAUCCAAGUGGUGAUGCAUACGAUGGAGAAUUUUUAAAUGAUCUGUAUCAUGGAUAUGGAAUUUACACUUGGGAAAAUGGUGACCGAUACGAAGGAAUGUGGGAACACAAUCGUCGCGAAGGACAAGGUACAUGGACUUGGGGUGCACAAACAGCCUCGGCAGACGAUCAAUAUUGUGGUGAAUGGCAUGCUGAUAAGAAGCAUGGAUAUGGAGAAUAUUUUCAAAAGAAUGGCGACAUAUACAAGGGACAAUUCAAAGACGAUAAACGGGACGGAAUGGGUAUUUAUCAAAUGAAAAAUGGUCAAUGUUUUAAUGUUGUUUAUGAUCGAGAUCAUCUGAUAUCUCGUGAAAACAUUUAA